GGCCCAGUUUUGAAAUUUUUCAUUUCCAACGACCAAAAAUCGAAAAAUCCAAAAAAAAUGUUAUGAGAAUAAAUAUGAUUUAUAUAGAAACUAUAACUACAACCAGAGAUACUUCAUAAGUCAAGAUGAUAUCUUCUAGGGUUAAACCUAUAAUAUCAUCAGCAUCGAUAACUACUACGAGUCGUCACUUCUCCCAUUCUCAUAUCAUACAAUCCAAUAUUGGAAAAUUACCCAUUAAAUUAUCUCACGAUGUUAAUUUAUCGAUUGAAGAUAUCCCAUUAGAAUUCUGUAAAUCAUUCACCAAGGGGAAACAAAGUUAUACUCUUGAUCGUCAAAUCAUCUUAAAGGGUCCAAAGGGUGUGUUGUCUACUCCUAUACCUAAAUUCAUCAACAUCAAUAAAUCAGAACAUGAUAUCGAUGCCUCUACAAAAGAAUCAAUUGUAAAUGUUUCGGUUAAUGAUACUUCUGAUAGAAUCCAACGAUCAAUGUGGGGGACAGUAAGAGCAUUAUUACAAAAUAAUUCAAUCGGUAUUACUGAAGGUCAUUUAUCCAUUGUUAAAUUCGUAGGGACAGGAUAUAGAGCUAUAAUUGAAGAUAAUCCAUAUACUCCAGGUGAAAAAUUAGUGGCUUUAAAGAUUGGAUUACCAUUCACUCCUAAAUUAAGAGUUCCUCAAGGUAUCACUGUUUCAAGUCCAAGUCCAAAUAGAUUAGUAGUGGAAGGAAUUGAUAAACAACAAGUUAAAUUAUUUGCUGCUGUCAUUAGAGAACAUAAAAAACCAGAACCUUAUAAAGGUAAAGGUAUAUUCAUUGAUCAUGAAACCAUCAAAUUAAAAGAAAGAAAGAUCAAGUAAUCGUAUGGUUUUCUUUAUCAUGUUUCUAUUUAUAUAAAUACGCCCUUCCUUCUUGUAUAUAUACGCAUAAUACAUUAUUUCAUCUUAGACUUGUUGAGUUAGUAGUGAUAAUUUAUAUAGUGGUAUAAGAACCUGUAAAAUAU